CGUCAAUAUUCUUUGGUAAUGUCAUUUCACUUCUAGCAAUUUGAGUAUUUUCAUUUUGUCUCUCUCGCAAUAAAACAAAAUGUGGUUGCCUCGAUUCUUUUAAAAGUUUAUUGUAUGUUUUAUUUGUGUUUUCAAUUUUAAUUUAUGACAAAAUGGUGGUAUUGUUGUACGAUUUUCAAGACAUUAUUGAGGAAUCAUCUAAGUUGAAUCAUUUUACUUUACCAACACAUAAGGAAACUAACCUAAAACUCGAAUACAAAAACAUUGAUGAUUUUGUCAAUCUUUCUACAAAUUCUAGUGUGAUAGAGCCACCUUUACCUUUCGCUGCCAGUGAUGUAUUCUUCGCUAAUAUUUCUCAUCACAGGCGACUUACAGCAGUUGACAAUAGUUGCAAGGACGUCUAUGAAGUUACUUUUGAUAUACAGGGCAGCAAUUUUAACUUUAGACCAGGAGAUACAAUAGCUAUAAUUCCACACAAUACCGGUCAGGAUGUUAAUUUAAUAACAGACCGUUUAAAUUUAGGAACACAAUUGAAUGUACCAUAUAAAUUGUCAUGUAUCAACAGUACAAAAGGAGCUAAAGUUCCCGCAAAUAUUCCUGUAGAAUCUACAUUAAGCCAUGUACUGAGAUAUUGCGUGGAUCUAAGGAGCGUUGUCAAAAAGCUAUUUCUCUUAGCCUUAUCAAGGUAUACAAAAAAUGAAAAUGAGAAGAGAAUAUUGGAAUAUCUGUGCAGUAAAGAAGGCUCUGUGGCAUACAAUACUCACAUUUUGAAUCAUGGUGUAUGUAUUCUAGACAUAUUUACCAUGUUCAAGUCAUGUAAACCUCCUAUAGAAGUUCUCCUAUCAAAUCUACCUAAAUUAUUGCCUAGACCAUAUUCAAUAAUAAAUACAAACAAACAAAAUAGAAAUGAAUUGAAAAUUUGCUUUUCAGUAAUCACUCUGAAUAACAGGAAAGGACUUACAACUGGCUGGCUAGAAGAGUUGAUUUCGAAUGAUUUAAAUAUUUACAAACAAAUGGAGAACUUGAGUAUUUGUGGUAAUCAUGAUAAGAAAGUACCUAUUUAUCUGAGGAAGAAUUUAUUAGGGUUUUCAUUACCUGUAAAUAAUGAAAAUCCACUGGUAAUGGUAGGACCUGGCACAGGAAUAGCACCAUACAUUGGAUUCUUAGAAGAGAGGCAAAUCAUUAAAGACAAAUAUCCUGAAACAAAGUUAGGUUAUGCAUGGUUGUUUUUUGGGUGUAGAGACCCAUUGUUAGAUUUUAUUUAUGAACAAGAAUUAAAUAAUUUCAUAGAGAAUGGAACCUUGAAUAAAUUGAGUACAGCAUUUUCAAGAGUUAGUGGCGAUGGAGCCAAAUAUAUUCAGGAUGCCUUGAUAGAAAAUGGAGAGGAUCUCAUAAAGUUGAUAGAAGAUGGAGCUUCAAUAUAUGUUGCUGGAGAUUUAAAAAAUAUGGCAGUACAAAUAAAGGAAACUAUAAUAAAGUGUUUCAUGACACAUGAUAAUAAAACUGAGGAAGAAGCAAAGAAAAUUCUAUGUGCAAUGCAAAAUGAAAAAAGAUAUAUAAUGGAUUCUUGGAAUUAAAUUCUUAGGAUUCAAUACAUACACCUAAUUAUGUAUAUAAUACAUUAUUUAUUACUAUAUAAU